AUGGGUAAUGAUGAACAAAGUAAUUGCGAAAACUAUUCAGAACAGGACAAAAGUAAUACUGAUUUACUCUCAAUAGACAUCAGCUCUAUAGUAUUUCCUGUUAACCAAGAUAAUGGUAUUCAGACCCAUAACAGUCUUCAAGUAGGCAAUCUUACUAGGCAAAUGCUUCCAGAUAUACCCAAUAAAGAAUAUGUUAAGAGAAAUUUGUGCAGUACCUAUUUCAGAGAAUUGUUACAAAAUCAAGGACUAUCAGAAGAA